AGCAAGCUCUACUUGCCUUUUCGCUCCUGGAGAAAGAAGCUCUUGUUGCGGCCAGGAAGAAAGACCCCGCAACGCUUCAACAAUCGGCAUUAACACCCAGCUCAACGCUCGUUAAUCGUCCUCUCCAAGUGUCCUCUCUUCUUUUUUGUCGAAUAUGGCUUGUGGGGCGACGUUAAAGCGCUCGAUGGAGUUCGAGGCCCUCCUCAGUCCCCAGUCUCCCAAGCGCAGGAGGUGCAACCCCUUACCAGGGACUCCCGGCACUCCGUCCCCGCAAAGAUGCAACCUUCGAGCGCCGAUGGACACCCCGACGCAUGCCAUGUCGCCGCAGAGCAUGGGAGGCGAGAGCAGACUCACGCCAGAGCAGAUCUUCCAGAACCUCCGCCAGGAGUACAGCCGCAUCCAGAGGCGGCGGCAGCUGGAGGGGGCUUUCAACCAGACAGAGGCCUGCGGCUCCACAGACAUCCCCAGUCCCACUUCCUCCCUGCACGCCCCCAGCUCCCCACCAGGUGCCUCGAGACGGGACCAGCCCUCGUUCACACUCAAGCAGGUGAGCUACCUGUGUGAGCGCCUGCUCAAAGACCACGAGGAGAAGAUCCGGGAGGAGUACGAACAGAUCCUAAACACAAAACUUUCAGAACAAUAUGAAUCGUUUGUGAAAUUCACACAAGAUCAGAUCAUGCGAAGAUACGGCGCCCGGCCUGCCAGUUACGUCUCCUGAACUCAACCGGAGUCCACCAGCUUCCUCUCUUUAUCACAAAAUGGCUGCUCUUCUACAGCCCCUACCACUUUUUAUUUUUACCACCACAUUUACACACACACACACACACACACACACACACACAGUGCCAUGGUUUAUCCGCUUUGUAUCCAAAACUAUUGCUGCUGGCCAAAACCUUUUGAAGAAAUCUUGAGAGACAACCGUGUUAUGUUAUGAAGCCCUAUCUCCUUCCAUAUCUUCCUUUAUAUUUUUCUUUCUUUUUAUUUUUAAAAUUUGACCCUGCAAAUCUCGACUGAAGCAGAUCCCCCCCCGCCUCCCUCCCAUCAUGUCCAAUCUCUGGCCCGGCACUCUAGAAUAAAAAGCUUCUUCCUGG